AUGGCUGGAGACGGCGAUGUGGGCACUUUCCCUCCCAAAGGAAAGAAGCCUGCGCCCGCGCCCUUCCCUCAGGGGAAGGCCGGUUCUACGAAGAAGGCUGCCAAGAACCCUCUCCUCGAGAAGCGACCACGAAACUUCGGUAUCGGCCAGGACAUCCAGCCCAAGCGCAACCUGUCGCGCAUGGUGAAGUGGCCAGAAUAUGUCCGUCUUCAACGCCAAAAGAAGAUCCUCAACAUGCGUCUCAAGGUUCCUCCUGCGAUCGCACAAUUCUCCAACACCCUUGACCGAAACACCGCCGCUCAGACAUUCAAGCUGUUGAACAAGUACCGACCUGAGAGCAAGGCUCAAAAGAAGGAACGUCUUCACCAGGAAGCGACUGCUGUCCAAGAGGGCAAGAAGAAGGAGGAUGUUUCCAAGAAACCAUAUGCCGUCAAGUACGGUCUCAACCACGUCGUUGGCCUGAUUGAAUCCAAGAAGGCGUCGCUCGUUCUGAUCGCCCACGACGUCGACCCUAUCGAGCUCGUCGUGUUCUUGCCGGCUCUCUGCCGCAAGAUGGGUGUGCCCUAUGCCAUUGUGAAGGGCAAGGCUCGUCUCGGUACGGUCGUUCACAAGAAGACCGCCGCCGUCUUGGCCUUGACCGAAGUCAAGGGUGAAGACAAGGCCGAGCUUAGCAAGCUUGUCGGCACCGUCAACGAGGGAUACACCAAGAAGUACGAGGAGCACCGACGACACUGGGGUGGUGGUAUCAUGGGAGCCAAGGCUGUUGCCAAGCAAGAGAAGAAGAGAAAGGCCAUUGAGAGUGCCAUCAAGAUCUAA